AUGGACGCCGCCACCAACCUCACCAUCCGCAACAUCACCAUCACGCCGCUCGAGCUGAAGCUAGUCGAGCACCUCGACCCGCCGCCGCCGCCACCCCACCACGGCGCUCCCGGCGGGCUCGCUAAGAUCACCGCCCGCCUCACCGGACGGCCUGCCGCAACACCCACGCCCUCGGCGACGACUACUAUUGCUGCAGAGGAUGCCGAACAGCAGGAACAGCAACAGGACCAUACCCGCCCCUUCAGGCGGCACCAGAUCAGCGGCGUCGUGGUGCAGCCCUUCUCCGAGGCGUCGCUGCCCAGCGAGAUCGCACCGCCCGAUGUGGCGCGCGGCGAGCAGCUGCGCCUGACCUUUGAGGAGCCCGGAUCACCAGCCGUGCAGUACGUGGCCAAGAUCCCCGGGCCGGCGCCGCAGCCGCAGCGGAGUAUCGUGAUGCGAGCCACUUCACUGUCACCAGCGGCCGGUGACGAUGACAGCGCUGCCCCCCAAAAAGAAUUCACGCUCGUCUACGUGCCCAGCCACGCGUUCCUGGCCAUCUUCAGCAGCGCGCGGCUGGCGUCGUGGAUGGCGGAGCUGGACUCCGGGUUCCCACUGUCGGCGCUCAGCAUCCCCGGUACGCACAACAGCCCGACGUGCUACGUGGCGCUGCCUUCGGUGCGGUGCCAGGCGGCGAGCGUGCGCGACCAGUUGGACAACGGCGUGCGCUUCCUCGACGUGCGCGUGUCGUGCCCGUCGUCGCCGUCAUCGUCGCCGUCAUCAUCCCCACCACCACCAGACGGCAACAGUAACAACAGCAACAGCAACCUCGCCCUCGUGCACAGCGCCUUCCCCAUCAGCCUGUCGGGCACCAAGUACUUCCACGACCUGCUGGCCGACAUCUACGGAUUCCUAGACGUGCACCCGAGUGAGGCGGUGUUGAUGAGCAUCAAGCGCGAGGGCACGGGCAAGGGCACCGACCAGCAGCUGUCGCGGCACCUAGCGGGGCGGUACUUCGCGGGCGACGCGGCACGGCGGUGGUGGACGGCGCCGCGGAUCCCGACGCUGGGCGAGGCGCGCGGGCGCGUGGUGCUGGUGCGGCGGUUCCACGUCGACGAGACCGUGGCAGCGGAGAACGGCGGGGGGCUGGGCAUCGACGGGUCCGUGUGGCCCGAUAACUGCGCCGACGGUACGUGCGGCAGCGGCCAGAUCCGGCUGCAAGACUACUACGAGAUCGGCCAGAGCGACGAGAUCCUCAAGAAGAUCACGCUUGCCCAGGAGGAGCUCGAGAGGGCUGCCCAGCGCGGCGUUGUGCUGCCGGGCGAGGCGGCGGCCGCCGAUGCCCCGCCGCCUCAGCUCUUCAUCAACUUCCUGAGCGCCAGCAACUUCUUCAACGCCAGCUGCUGGCCAGACAGGAUCGCCGCCAAGAUUAACCCGGCCAUCAUCGAGUACUUGUGCAUGUCACAUGGCGCCCCGGGCAAAGGGCCGGGGCAGCUCACCAUCGGGGACGCUGCCACCGGCGUGGUCGUGACCGACUGGGUGGGCAACAACGGCGACUGGGACCUCAUCAGAUGCAUUGUCGGGUGGAACUCUAGGUUGCAGCUCAAGCGAUAG